AUGGGCAAGAAGCGCGUUCUCGUCAGUUACGGCGUCGACAUUGACGCUGUCGCCGGCUGGCUAGGAUCCUACGGCGGCGAGGACAGUUCCAACGAUAUUAGUCGAGGACUCUGGGCCGGCCACAUCGGCACCACACGCCUUCUCAAACUCUUCUCCAAAUACAACAUCAAAGCCACCUUCUUCAUCCCAGGCCACUCACUCGAGACCUUUCCCGAAGAAUGCGCCAUGGUACGAGACGCCGGCCACGAAAUCGGCCUGCAUGGCUACACGCACGAAAACCCCUCCGACAUGACCCUUGAGCAGCAACGGGACAUUCUCGAUAAGACCUAUCACAUGCUGUACGAUUUCACGGGCAAGCCGCCGCGGGGUAUCGUUGCGCCAUGGUGGGAAACCAGUAAGGAGAUGGCCGAUUUGUUGCUCUCCUAUGGAAUUGAAUAUGAUCAUUCCAUGUCUCAUCAUGAUUGUCAGAUGUAUUGGUUGAGGACGGGCGAUACAUGGACUAAAAUUGAUUAUUCCCAGAAGGCGGAGACUUGGAUGAAGCCGCUGGUUAGGGGCCAGGAUACGGGGCUCGUGGAGAUCCCCGGCAACUGGUAUAUUGAUGAUUUGCCGCCUAUGAUGUUUAUCAAGUCCGCGCCGAAUAGUCAUGGCUGGGUGAAUCCUAAGGAUGUUGAGGAUCUUUGGAAGGAUCAUUUCGACUACUUCUAUCGCGAGUACGAUGAGUUUGUCUUCCCUAUGACUAUUCAUCCUGAUGUGUCGGGCCGUCCGCAUGUCCUUCUUAUGCAUGAGAGAAUCAUUGAAUACAUAAACAAGCACGAGGGCGUGGAAUGGGUCACUUUUGAGCAGAUGUGCGAUGACUUCAAGAGCAAGAACAAGCCGCCGGAGGGCGCUAGAAUGCCUUCUGCUCCCAUGCCAGCAAGGAAGUGA